AUGCCAGAGGUAAUCUUUGAUAUCCAGGGCUUAGUGCAUCUAGAAUUUAUCCCUGAAGGAUGCUUUCUGAACAAAGAUCUCUACAUCAAAAUCCUGCGUCAUUUGCACGAGUCAAUCCGGAAGAAGAGACCAAAAAUGUGGGCUGAGCAGUCAUGGGUGCUGUUUCAUGACAAUGCUCCUGCUCACCAAUCCCUGCUCGAUAAUGACUUUCUUGCGAAAACAAAAACACCUGUUUUGCCUCAACCUCCUUACUCAGCUAAUCUUGCACCCUGCAAUUUCUUCCUAUUUCCUGAAUUGGUAAGAUGCUUGCAGGACCUUCAAUUUCAAUCUUCAAAUGAAGUUAAAUGUGCGUUGCACGCUGAAUUAGCGGACAUGGCCAAAAAUGAAUUCCAGACAUGGGAGGAAAAAGAGUUACGGGAGAAAGGUUAUGAUAAAACUCCUGAUAUAAAACUUGAUGUUCCAAUAGCUGUUGAAGGACAUGUUAUCAACUGGAUUGAGAGCAAGGCAUCAUUUGGUGAUGAAGAAAGGCAUAAGGAAUAUCUCAAAAACCAGUACUGCAGUUACUGUAAUAGGUUUGGGCCAGGGCUUGUUAUCUACUGGGCUGGCUAUGUUGACGAACUGAAUACAAAGGACCAAGGGAUAUUGCUGAGCGAUUCAUUUCCUAUGCAAAUCGAUUACAUGAAUCCAUCAAUUCUUACAAAAAGAAAUUAUGCCCUUUAAGUUUAUUCAUUAUUUUUUGUGUAAAAUAUAUUUAAAUUAAUAUAAUUUCAAUGAGAUGUUAAAGCAGGCUUGAUAAGUUUUUGAUGAUAGGCCUUUUAUAUGUAAUAUGAAAAUUGCUUUCUUUUCAGAUGAAACUGUAAUAUAGUUAUUAAGCGUGAAUAAGAAAUAAAAAUGUAAGAAAAUAUUUUAUGGAAAACAUAAUGUUGUUUUUUAUCGCUUUGGGAUCUUUCAUAUUAUAGAACAACAUAUGCCAAACAUUUUUCUAUAGAAGAUAUAUGCUAACUUGAUCUUACAGUAAAAAUCUGGAAAUUUUAUCAUCUUAUUCUGAUUGUAGGUAAAAUUUUUCCUAACUCUUAAGUUAAUAGUAUAAUUUCUAUUCAGUAAGCUUAGUAUAAUAAACAGUUAAUAGUUAUUUCAGUAAACAGAGAACAAAAUAGUAUGACACACUUUGAAAACUUCUUAUUGACAAUACUAAUUUUAAAAACGAAUACUAUUAGAAGAGAUAAUAAAAUAACGCAUUUAAUUUAAUGAUGGCUAAUAGGCAUCUUUGGCAUGUAUACCUUACUAUAACAAAUUGGGUAAUGAUGUAGUGUGCAAUCUACUGCUUUUAAGAAUAUGUGUAAUUUGAAGAGUUGCUUGUAAAAUGCUCCAAAAUGGUUUUAUAGGAAACUUGAACCAUUUUCCCUUAAAAUAAUGUAAGUUUUAAAUGAAUCUUUGAAUAAUGGUACUUAAUAAUAAAUAGAAUAGUUGAACAAUUUUCCAAGGUAGUCUUAUUACAAGUCUUUUAAUUCUAAAAAGUAUUUAUUUUUUUUUAACUAGCAAUUUAUAUUUUACAAAAUACUUAAAAAAAAAUGGAAGCAUUUACAAAUCUCAACUCAGUUUCAUCUGUAGUUAUAAAGCCAACUAACUAAAAAUAAUAGAUUGCAUACUACAUCGCAACCAAAAAUUGUUUAGCAUUUGCUUUUCUGUAAUGGACAAAGAUCAAACUUUUCCUGUAUUUAAUUAUCCAGUUUUUGUGUGUAACAAAUAUUGUUUUAUGUUAUUAAAUAAAAUUAGUGAAAGCAACUAGAACUUUACUGGAAGUAAAUAAUAUUCUUUUUCUUUGCAUAAAGUUGUUUUUAUUAAAACAUUAUUUUUGAAAAGAACUUGCAUGCAUGUAUUAUGCAUGAUUUCAAUUUGUCUUAAAAUUUAAAUACUGUUUCCCCUUCAUUUGGUUAACAAUUUUUUACUUAUUACAGAAAUUUUUGAGUGUUCUGAGAUUUCCUUUUGCCAUUGAAGAUGUUCAUUGAUUUUUUUGGAAAGUAAAAACGGUUCAGAAAUUUAAAAUUUCUUUGUUAAUGAAAAAUUUCAUUUGCUUUUUUGUUUCUAAGCCAUUUAGUAUAUCAUAACAUCCUGUGUAAAGAAUGUUGGUUUUAUUUCAAUUUGAUUAUUUUACGUUUAGAGUUGUGAUGGUUAUAUUUGAAUAAAGAGUUAAAAAUAAAAUGUAAACAAUGUGCAGUAGAACCCUUUUUAUCUAAAUUUACUGCGGCAGAACUAUUUUGAAUACACUUCACUUCACUGUUUGAAAGUCAGUAUCUGGUGUGGUUUCUACUGGGAGCUUUGACAUUAAAUCUCACUGAUCGAAGAAUUCUACAGAUAGUUUCUGGAUUGACCUUUUUUCCUUUUUCCUUUGAAGAUGUUCAUUGAUUUUUAAACGCUUACUUUUAGAUCUUUUUUACAUGAGUUCUUGAUUCUUGUUGACUAACUUUCUUUGGAUAACCACUUCAAGAUCUGUUGAGCAUGUUUCCCUUUACUUGUAAUUUUUAAUUAUAGUCUGUACAGUUGCAUCAUUUUUUCCAUUAAUUUUAGCUAUUUCACGAUAAAAAAAAUUUCUAGUCUUAAUUUUAUAAUAAGUAUAAUAAGAUUUGUCACAUCUAAAGAAAUUUCUUUUCGUGCUUUCAUUUCGCCUUUGGAAAACAGAAUCAAGAUUUUGAUUUUCACGUGUGAUUAAGGUGUCCUUAUAAAUCUAAAAGGGAAGUUAACAGUCACAUAUGCAAAUUUAUUGAAGAACUAAUAAACUGUAUGCUAAUUUUUAUGAUGUGCUGGUUUCAACAAAUCUGUAUAUAAUUUCUGUGUUUACCUUAUUUAAGCUGUUAUUUUGAGGGAAAUACUUUUAUGAGUGUUUUGACAAUUAAUAUAAUUCAACAGUUCAAAUUCAAAUAUUGUUUGAGAAAUCUUUGUUUUAAUGGGUGUAUGUAGACUUGUGUGACUGUAUAUAUAUAUAUAUAUAUAUAUAUAUAUAUAUAUUUUAUUUUUUGUGCAAAUAGAGAAAAUUAGAAAAAAUUUGAAUAUUCUUAUGUAUCAAAUAAAUUAUUUUUGGAAGAAAAAUUUUUGUUGCUGAAUUCAGAGGUUUCUUUCAUCAACUAAAUAUUUAUUUCUGAAUGCAGGAUACUUACAUCCAUGUAAUGUUGGGGAAUUUAAAAGUAAUAAAAUAAAAUAUAAGGGUUGUUUUAAAAAUA